CAAAGCGUCUGCGUGAACGUUCAGUGGUUUCAGUCUGUGAUGAUGAGGAUGAACGUCUACAUGUGUCUGUCAGCCUUCAUCCUGAGCUGCAGAGUCUGUGCAGAGAUGGUUCAUAUGGCUGUAAUGGAGAUGAACUCAGUGUCUUUACCUUGUUCUGACAUCGUGGACAACAGAAUGACCUGGAAAAAACGGGCUCCUGGGCGGCACGACCCUGAAUCCAAUUUUCUAUUUUCACUUAUUGGUGACGAAGAACGAAGAGAAAAUGACCCAGAGGAACGAUUUAGUUCAGUGGGAUAUAAUUCACUGCACAUUAACAGAGUUUAUUUAUCAGACAGUGGAGAAUACCUGUGUAACAGCCAUUGGUCAGUGGAGCUGACGGUGAUCCCAACAGGAACCUUCAUCCAACAUGCUAGAGAAGGGACCAGUGUCACUCUGACAUGUCCUCAUGUUACUGGUUCAGAUGAUCUAAUAUGGAGAAGAGAGUCUGAUGGAUGGAGACCACAUCCUGGUCUGACUCUGACUCUGACAGACCUUAGACUGUCUGAUUCUGGACUGUACAGCUGUGAUGGAAAACCUGCUGUGUAUCUGAAUGUGACCACAGGUGAUGAUGAAGCACCGCCCACAACAACAGACACAAAAACGACAAGUACGUCUGCAACAACAACAGCAACAACACAGAAGAAAACUACAUCCAAGACAAACAACAGCAAAAAGGGCACGAAACCAGAGAAAAAAGAUAAAGGAGACAAAAAGACUAAACCUACGAAAAAACCUAAAGUACAACCAACAACAACAACUGCUUCAAUGAUGCUGACCAAAGGAGCUGCAUCUGAACUACAGCUUUUGAGUUUGAUCAUUGGGAUACCUGUCCUCUGCCUCGUCCUCCUCCUCCUCCUCCUCCUCUUCAUCGUCUGCCUUAUUUCUAGACACAGGUUGAAAAGACGAGUGGUUACAGAAUCCCACCCUGUUUAUGAGGAAAUCCAGGGUCAGGUGGAGUUUCAGGCCAUCAGCGGUGUUGGUUCCUCUGAAAUGACAGCAGCGUACAAGAGGAAACCCAGUCCAGAUGUUCAAAUCCUUGACCACACAUAUUCCAUGAUUACGUUUCCAUCAAACAGCAGCGGUCAAAUUCCACAUGUGGAGUCUCCGUAUUCUCUGAUCGGUGACCCUGUUCUCUGUGGAAAUAACAACGGUUUGUCACAGCUGACAGAUACAUAUGAAAGAAUCCUAGAGUAACAACAAAAAAUGAAUUUUAAUAUAAUAAUGAUUUUUACAGUUAUGUCAAAAAAAGGAAAAAAAACAUCUGUUUUGUGUUUUCUGUGGUAUUUGUUGCUUUUAUUUGCAGUAGAUUUUCUGUGUAGAGUAAAUAUCAGCUCUAAGGCUCAGGGUUUAUUCAGUAUUUUAAUAAUAAUCAUAAAGCACUUUGUAUUUUUAUUUAUAACACAAAAUGCUUUGGGCUAAUUCUUAGAAAUACAUUCAGGAUUUCUCUGCUUUUCUUCAAUAAUAAACAUGUACAUAACAUCA